CGCACGCACUAGUUCGCCGCGUUUCGGAUUUUCGGAGCCAGUCGACAGUCGUCAGCCGUCGACCGUGUGCAUACACUGUGCGUAUCGCGCUCCGCGUCCACUAGAAUACAUUUUUCGUGUUUAUACAGUUCGAACGAUAAUAUUAUUAUUUGUGACAUUGCGUGAAAAAAUCAUUUUAAAAUCGCACGCCGUUCAUAACAUUAUUAAUAAUAUCAUUUCACCGGCCGAAUAAAAAAAUAUAUCUAAAAUCGCGUCGACGGUAUCCGCGUGCCGAGCGAGAAUAAUUAUAAGUAUAACAGUAUUAGUGCGAGCGUGGAAUUAAAUAUUAUAUCAUCGUUGACUUCUCACCAUUUGUCGUUGCCGUUAAUGAAAAAGAAUCCGUCGGAAUGAUAUCGAUAUAAUGACAGCGCACCAUCGUUCAAUUUGAUAAUAUUAUUUAACAGUACUGCGGGUGAAGAUGUCCGCCAUCUACGUCACUGUCACCAUGUCGAUGACAAUCGCUCUGCUGAUGUCGGGCAUGCUGGCAUCAUGCGGCGCUGAAGAACUGGUGGAUCUGGUGGACGCCGGCACCAAUGCCGUGGUCGACCACAGCCAGGUGAUGUGCGAGGACGUGCGAUUGAAGUGCGCGUUCGGCCCAGGCUGUUCGAUGGCGCUGCACAACUACUUCGCCAAGUGCGACAGGAUGCUCCAGGCGGACGCGACCACGUGCCCCGAAUCGUGUCUGUACGCGCUGGUCGCGCUCAUAUCCACUGAGGACGGCAAACGAAUGUUGGACUGCACGUGCCGGGACCGCUAUUGCGAGGAGAUGAAGGCCCGCGUGGAGGUGUGUCGGCCGUUUGUGAUCGAGGCGUCCAAGAACGAGACGGUGGUGCCAUGCGAGCUGGCCAAUUGGGUGUGCACGGUGGACCCGGUGUGCUCGGCGGCACUAGGCUACUAUCAAACGUAUUGCAGACGGAUGCUGAUCGGCGUGGCGUGCACGGAGCGGUGCCUUAACUCGGUGGAGAUACUCCAGCGUCAGGAGAAGGCGUCCAAGCUGAACCGGUGCAGGUGCACCGGAAAGUCGGCUGUUGACUGUCUGCGCCAGAAGGAGCGCAUGGUCAGGCUGUGCUACGGUGGCGAGGCAGAUCCGCGUCUCCAACAGCAACAGCAGCAGGGGGGCACUAGUGGCGGCGGCGGCGGCGGAGGAGGCAACAAGUCCGGCGGCCGGAAGAACCGUAAAAAGCACCGUCCCAAGAUGUUCGACAUGGACCCGGACCGGGCCGAAGUGGAAAUGAUGAUGGCUAACGCGGACUACCAGCCGGACGUCCGGAACAGGUACAACGCGACGGACGGCGUCAGUUGCGACGAAGACGAAUUCGACGACGAGGACGAGGACAACGAAGGGUCAUCGGGGGCAACGGCGGCUUUACUUCCGGUAACGCUGCUGGUGGUGGCUGCGUCCGCUUACCUAGUCUCGCGAUGAUGACCGCGGCCACUAUAUUCCGCGGCGCCAUGGAUCAAGGCGCGCGCCGGUACGUGCAACUUUUAUUAUUGUGGCCGUCCGGAACGCAUUUUUUUCCGUUUUUGUUAUAUAUACCUAAAUUUCUCAUUAUUUUUCGUGUUUUUUUUUCUAUCAUUAUUAUUUAUUCGUAGAUCGGAUCGACUGAAGCGUAGGGAUAAGCAUAGUAUAUUAUACAGUUCACGGGCGAGCUCUUUUAUAUAAUAUAAUCGGGCACUCGGGGUUCAAUAUUUUGCGGGGGCUUGUUUUCUAGGGAUUUAAAAAAAAAAUUGGGGGGUUCUUGUUGGGUAGAAAUUUAAUAAUACGGCACCAGAACGGCGCUUGUUAACUGAUAUAUCAGACUGAAAUCAAAUCGUUUAAAUCGAAUAAGCUCACGUUGAGAAUGAUCCCCAGCCUACGAUACAAUACACAUCAUACAUGAUAUGUGUUGUGCUGUCGAUUUGCAUGUUUCCUUUUUCGAGAAUAUCGCAUCAUCGUCAGUUCGCAUCUCUUAUGUAUAUCUAAAGAUUUUUUUUUGUUUCCGACCACGCGUUCAUCAAAAUCUAUAAAAGGAUUGUGAUUUUAAGACUUUUAGGUACAUAUAUUACAUAUAAUUCUAGGAGAUUAUAUUGCGUGUAUAAUAUUAUGUUAAUAUUAUAAUCGCGUUACAUUCAGCUGCGUAUAGUAUACAGUCAUGCAGUGUUUGUAUAAUAUUAUUGUAAUUUGUAUAUACCUAUAGUAUCUAAUAUAUAAUAAUAAUAUAAUAUGUUAAAAAAUAUAUUUUUAAAUCUGUGUGUGUGUGUAUAAUUUAUAUUAUUAUCGAUCGAUCACUAUUUGGUACAAAGUCGUUUUAUGUAUAGUUUAAUUGCCAUAUAUUAUGUUUUAUGUGUAUUGUUUUUUUUUUUUUUUUACUUUACGCUCCAUCGUCUGUUAUUAUUUUAUAUGUAAUUUGACAUUGUGAAAAAAAAAUACAUUUUUAUUUAGUCGAAGAAAAAAAUGUUUACCAACAAA